AGAGCCCUCUACAGGGAUGUCAUGCAGGAGAAUUACGAGACGGUGACCUCGCUGGGAUUCCCCAUUCCCAAACCGGAGCUGAUCACCCGGCUGGAACGAGGGGAAGAGCCAUGGGUCCCGGAUCUCCACCCCUCCAAGGAAUGGGAUGUCCACAGAGGCACCCGCACAGUUCAUGAGGCAAUGCUGAGUGAGAACAAAGAGAAGAAUUCAAAGCAGGAAGAUCCCGAGCAAGUGGAACUGCCAGGGAACUUUUGGAGAAGAGCCAAAGGGAAUUUUUCCCAAUCCUUAGAACAGGGCAAAGCUUGGAGAACUCUGCAGAGGCCAGAGAGGCAGUUGGGAAACCACCCAAUAAAGAAAGAGGAGGAAUCCAUUGAAUGUGGGGUAGGAUGCAAGGACCCCAAGCAAACCGCAGCCCCACAGACAAAUCCCAAGGAAGAAAAACCCUAUAAAUGUCUCAGCUGUGGGAAAAGCUUCAAUCAGAAAUCGAACCUUAUCACUCAUCAGAGAAUCCACACAGGCGAAAAACCCCAUAAGUGCUUAGACUGUGGGAAAAGCUUCAGCCAGAAAUCAUCCCUCAUUAUACAUGGGAGAAAGCACACAGGAGAGAGGCCUUAUAAAUGCUUUGAGUGUGGGAAAUGUUUCAAUCAGAUUUCAAACCUGACUACGCAUCAGAGAAUUCAUACUGGAGAGAAACCUCAUAAAUGCUUGAAAUGUGGCAAAAGGUUUAGUCAGAGAUCAGCCCUGAUUACACAUCAGAGAAUCCACACGGGAGAGAAACCCCAUAAGUGCUUGGACUGCGGGAAAAGUUUUAGUCAGAGAUCAGCCCUGAUUACACAUCAGAGAAUCCAUAUGGCAGAUAAAAUGUACAAAUGUCUCAAAUGCGGGAAAAGUUUCAGUGUGAAAUCAGCCCUUGUUAUGCAUCACACAAUCCAUGCAGGAAAGAAACUUCAUAAAUGUUUGGACUGUGGGAAGAGUUUCAGUGACAGCUCAAACCUCACUAAACAUCGAAGAAUCCACACGGGGGAGAGAAUAUAUCAGUGCCUCGACUGUGGGAAAAGCUUCAAUCGGAAAUCGAACCUUCUUACUCAUCGGAGAACCCACACAGGAGAGAAACCCCAUAAAUGCUGGGACUGUGGGAAAAGCUUCAGUCAGAGAUCAUCCCUUAUGAAGCAUGUGAAAAUCCACACGGGAGAGCGGCCGUAUAAAUGUCUGGAGUGUGGGAAAUGUUUCAAUCAGAACAUAAACCUUAUUACGCAUCAGAGAACCCACACGGGAGAGAGACCCUACAAGUGCCUGUACUGUGAGAAAAGUUUUACUGUGAGGUCAGCCCUGAUUACACAUCAGAGAAUCCAUACAGGGGAGAAACCCCAUAAGUGCUUGGACUGUGGAAAAAGUUUUAGUCAGAGACCAGCCCUUAUUACACAUCAGAGAAUGCACACGGGAGAGAAACCCUUUAAAUGUCUCAACUGCGGGAAAAGUUUCACUGUGAGAUCAACCCUUAUUACGCAUCAGGCAAUCCACACGGGAAAGAAAUCCCAUAAAUGUUUGGACUGUGGGAAGAGCUUCAGUCAGAGCUCAUCCCUUAUUAAACAUGGGAGAAUGCACACGGGAGAGAAACCCUACGUAUGUCUGGAGUGUGGGAAAAGCUUUAGUCAGAGAUCAUCUCUUAUUAUACAUGGCAGAAUGCACACAGGAGAGAAACCCUAUAAAUGUCUUGAGUGUGGGAAAUGUUUCAUUCAGAGGUCAAAUCUUGUUACACAUCAGAGAUCCCACUCGGGAGAGAGACCCCAUGAGUGUCUUGACUGUGGGAAAAGUUUCAAAGUGAGAUCAGCCCUUGUUACACAUCAGAGAAUCCAUACGGGAGAAAAACCCCAUAAAUGCUUGGACUGCGGGAAAUCUUUUAGUCGCAGAUCAGCCCUUAUUACACAUGAGAUAAUCCACACUGGAGAGAAGCCCCAUAAAUGCUUGGACUGUGAGAAAAGCUUCAAUAACAGCUCGAAUCUUACUAAACACCGGAGAAUUCACACAAGAGGGAGCGACUCUAGAAAUACCUCAACUGCGGGAAAAGGUCCAGUCCGAGCUCACACAUUAUUACCCAGCAGCGAGCCACAGAAGAGAGAGAACUUGAAUGUGGGGGAAUCUUCAGUUGGUGCUCCCACGGAAUCAAGCAUUGUCAGCUCCACUCAACUUCAGGCAGCGCUAACACCACGUUGGACGUCAGAGACUCAUCCACACAGCAGGAAAAUUCUCUCAGGGCCCUGACUAUGGCUGGCCAUGGCAACAAACCCAUUUCCUCAUUCCCACACACAUCAGGGGCGUUUGGCUCCCAAGGAUCCAGCUGCCCAUUGCUGGGGUGAGGAUCCAGCAGCAGCCGAGCAUCAGCUGGUCAGUGACCCUCUGGCUCUGCCUGGUCUAAGCAAACCCCAGGUAGAGGAGAAGCCCCCAUCAGCCCCUCCUCCCAGCUGCAGCCCUGGCUGCUGAGCUGAUGGGCCACAGGUGGGGGAAGGGAGAGAGAGAAACUCCUUCAGCUGCUCCCUCUGCCUGGCUGAAGUUCCCCCCUCUCCCUUCCCCUCCCAGCCGGGAUCCCCCUGCCAUGGAGAUGAGGAGAAGGACACUUGGGCCAGGCCCCACCUUCACUCUACACACCUGUCCCCACCCCCCAUCUUCCACCAGCCCCUGGGCUGGGCUCCCCCACUGACCUGGAGCUGUUCCCUGCAGGGGGAGUGUCCCUGGGGGCUGGUAACUCCUCCUCUCCCCAAAUCCCCCAGGGCGCUGGGCUCUGGGGGAUCCACCGUUAAGGGACGAGGGCGCUGGGCUCUGGGGGAUCCACCGUUAAGGGACCAGGGCGAUGGGUUCUAGGGAGGACACUGGGGGUUGAAUGGCUGGGGCUGGAGUAGCUGGGAAGCAGGGGGAGCUGGGUGCUGGGGUAUUGAGUGUUUGGGGAUGAUGGGAUAAGAGGCGAGGGAGAGCACAGGGGUAGAGAGGUGCUGCCUCAUCACUCACCCCCUCUGCCCCUUCUCCCUGCCCCCGCUGCAUUCAGACAGCACCACUGAGAGGGGCUGAUUCCCACCGACUGCAGCGGGUUCUCAACCUAUUCACCAUUGUGGGCUGCAUUUGCGGCCCAUAAUGCGUAAUGUGGGCUGCAUCCAAUACUACCUGUGUGGCCCUGAGGAUGUCACAUGGGCUGCAGCUGUGCGCUGAUUAGGCCGAUACAGCCCACGGGCCGCAGGUUGAGAACCGCUGCCACAGGGCCUUUCAUGGGAGGCCUGGAGAUCCCACCUCUGCGUCAGCAGCAUCAGCCCCAGGGUCUGUCUGUGGUAGGAAAUGUGGUCAGGAUCAGCCAGCUCGUCUCCUCUGACCCUCCCCCCCCUCAUCCUACCCUAGACUGAGCCUGAGCAUCUAAUUCAUUCGGACCCCACCAUUAGCAGAGUGACUGUUCGAGUCACUGAGUUCCCCCUCUGGGGACCCUGGGACAGUUUGCGUAGUGGGGGGGGGGGGGGGCUGAGAGCUACUGAACCAAACUGUAAACCCUGGAUAUGCUGGAAACCACUUCACGCCAGGGGGUGCAGCAGCUCCCCUCAUUCUGGUACCGGUGUCGGGGGGGGUAGAUUCUCUCGUUCCCAGAUGGUCUCACAUGACUCCAGGCCAUGCUGAAAAGCAUUUAGUGUUUGUACAUUUUCUCCCUUACGGGGCAGAAUUAACCAGAAUCCCACAAAAGCGGCAGCAGGGACAGUGAAAUGUGGUGUUUUAGCUUCUGUUUGAUUUGCGAGCGAUGGGGUAAGUCUGAGGGAUUCCCUUCUUCCCCCAUCACCGUCACACUCCACUGGGACACAGCAGCCUCUGUCCAAACCUUGGAGAGUUUAUCCCAGGAGUGGGCAAACUAUGGCCCGGGGGCUGGAUCCGGCCCACCAGCCAUUUUAAUCCGGCCCUUGAGCUCCCACUGGGGAGCGGGGUCUGGAGCUUGCCCCCCUCCGGCACUCCAGGUGGGGAGCAGUGUUGGGGGCCACUCCACGUGGCUCCCAGAAGCAGCAGCAUGGCUCCCCUACGGCUCCUACACAUAGGGGCAGCCAGGGGGCUCUGCUCUGCAUGCUUCCCCCUCUCUAAGCACCGCCCCUGCAGCUCCCAUUGGCCAGG